UAGCAACUGGGGCCGAACCGUUAACCGCAGCGGCCGUUGUACUACCGGAGCUUAUCAAGGAGCUGGGGGGGGAUUGUCGUCGGUAACGGGACACCUCCUCUGUCUUGUGAGGCGAAGAGGCACGGGGGCAACACACCAUCGAGUCGGCAAUCCCGCAGUUCCGUGCGGAGAUGCUAAAUAUGUGGAAAGUCAGAGAGCUAGUGGACAAAGCCACUAAUGUGGUGAUGAACUACUCCGAGAUCGAGUCCAAGGUGAGAGAGGCAACUAAUGACGACCCCUGGGGACCCUCCGGACAACUGAUGGGAGAAAUAGCCAAAUCCACCUUUAUGUAUGAGCAGUUCCCAGAGGUGAUGAACAUGCUGUGGACCAGGAUGCUGAAGGACAACAAGAAGAACUGGAGACGAGUGUACAAGGCUUUACUACUGUUGGCCUAUCUGAUCAGGAAUGGGUCUGAAAGAGUCGUCACCAGCGCCAGAGAACACAUCUACGACCUGCGAUCUUUAGAAAACUACCACCUCAUUGAUGAGAGCGGUAAGGAUCAGGGCAUCAAUGUGCGUCAGAAGGUGAAGGAGAUGGUGGAGUUUGUCCAGGACGACGACAGACUGAGAGAGGAAAGGAAGAAAGCCAAGAAGAACAAAGAUAAAUACAUCGGAGUGUCCUGUGACAGUAUGGGAGGAGGAGGAGGAGCUGUAGUAUUAGCAGGAGGAGGAGGAGUAGGCGGAAUUAUCAAGAACUCUAACGAGUUGGAUCGGAGUAAGUGGGAUGAGGACUGGGAUAAGAGCAAAGGAGCUUUCCCCUUCAGCGAGAAGCUCGGAGAGAUCAGUGACAAGAUAGGCAGCACCAUAGACGACACAAUCAACAAGUUCAGGAAGAAGGAACGAGACGACUCACCGGAGAGAAUCAGUGACAACGAGGAGGAUCGAGCAUCGAGGAACGGUAGGCAGGAAACCCUUGAGUUCAAAGACGAGGAGGAAACUGUCACAACGAAGAGCAUUCAGAUCACACAGGCAACAGAAACAACGACGACGACCACGCGGAAACGCAGCGGAGCAACAAGCAACAAGACUCUGGACCUGGGAGCUGCAGCGCACUACACCGGAGACAAGAGCCCAGAGUCAUCACUCAGGCAGUCUUCGAGUGGCGGCCUAGCUGACCUACUAGUGAUUGACCCUUUAUCCAAUCAGAGCACUGCAACAGGUGGCAGUUCAGGCCUCAUUGGUGGAUUUGCUGACUUCUCUUCUCCUGCAGCCUCUGCCAGCCUCCCAAACUCCACAGCUGCUGCCCCAUCCAAUGGAAACGGGGAAUUUGGAGACUGGAAUGCUUUUGGGGCCAAUCAGCCAGCUUCCCCCUCCGGUUCCUCCCAGCCCGUCACUGAUCUGUUCGGCAGCGUCCAGUCCGCCCCCUGCUCCAAACCUGCCACCGUCCCACCUUCUGCAGAGCUCUUUGAUCUGAUGGGGGGAGUGAACCAUCAACUAACCAAUCCACACACAACGCUGAGCGCCUCUCAGAGCAUGACUUUCUCUCUGGGAGGUGCAACACCAGGGGCGUCUGUUGCUAUGCCAACAAUGCCCCUUUCUCGCUCUCAACAGAGCCUGGGAGGCUCUCAGCAGCCCUUUGAUCAGCAGAAGGUUGGUGUUGGAGGUCCAGGAUCGUUAGGCUCUACCUGGUCGGACCCCUCCGUCAACAUCAGCCUGGACUUCCUAUCAGCAGGCCUCAACCCCUCCAAGACACCGCCCACACUCAACAACAUCAUCCAGCAGCAAGGAGUUCCUCCCCUCAACCUGUUGUCCCAGAACUUCGGAGGACUGAACCUCAGCUCCCCGCCUCAGGUGACCCCCAUCAGACCACCAGCCAAUCCUAUGAUGGCCGGCAACGCCAUGGGAAUGCCUGCUAUCUUGUCAUCGAGUCUCCCCCCUUCUAUGACCACAGGGACCAUGGGGAUGGGAGGACUUCCUGUAAACCAAGGCAUGAUGGGAAUGAACAUGAGCAUGAAUCUGGGCAUGGCCGCUCCAGUGAUGAUGGGCGGCAUGGGAGUGCCAGGAGCAGCACACUCCAUCAGCCUGGCCAUGGUUCCUCCCAAACAGGAUGCCUUCGCUAACUUUGGCAGUUUUGGAAAAUGAAGGAGUGCAAAUGUGUGUGACUGAGUGUGUGUGUGUGUCUGUGAGGGUGCAUGUCUGACGUUAUGAGAGUUUGAACCACAGAAGGACUGCUGUACUUGAAGAGAACCUUGCAUGUUUCUCUCGCUGCUUCUGCUGUCUGUGGCGAGCUGGCGACUGCUCAUCAUCCCCCAGCCUGUGACAUGUUGAUGGAGGGCAGAGCACCCACAGGUGCCCCUCAACUGUUUGUGUGAAAUGAUGUCAUACAGAGAGACUUAAAGAGCAGUGAAGGUGUUAACCCACCUUCACUGUUGGCCUAUAGUCAUUACUUACCUGUGGGUGAAAAGGUUCUCCCUCUUUUCCUGUUUCUUGAAUUAACUACAGUAUAUCCCCCUUUAGGACAAAAAUCAGUGCAAACAUUUACAAAGUCUUCAUUUUAGUGAAUCCAUACUCUGGUCCUCCAGCAGAGGGCAGAGUGAGUGUAUGCUUGUUCUUGAGCCUUAUGGAUGAAUUGCAUUUGACUUUCCUCUUUUUGCUCAGUCUUGUAGCAGUUCAGAAUCAUUUCAUGUUCAAUAAACACCAACAGUUUUAUUAAAGUUUUUUGAUGAGUGAAACCUUAACAUGCCCAGAACAAAGGUCCCUAAAAUGUGCAGCUCUUAAUAUUAUAAUGAGCAGUAACUUUCUGGAUGCCUCUGUCUGAUUAAAGUCUUUGUCAGUGUUUUAUUUAGAUUUCUACUAAUGAAAGGUUCCUCCUCUCUUGGCUGCACAAGAUGGGGAAAAUGUGCGAUAAGUGGUAACUUUGUUGAAUAUCGCAAUAAAGAUAUAACAAGGGGAAUUAAACAGAUGUGUCAUCAGUUAUGCCUUUCUGCUGCUUUCAGAAUACUGCUAAAAUUCAACAAAUUGCUUGUGUAAUGAAAAUAAUAUAUAAGAAAUGAUUUCUAACAUUCUUUUAUUAAACAAAUUGCACUGAAUUGAACCGAUUGGCACAAGAAACAAUUAUAAUAGUUACAUGUUCAAGCACAGAUUUGUGCUGGUACUCUUCUACAAAAAUUGAAAUAUCCUUGAGUUCGAUAUCAAAGUCUUCUGUUGUUGACAUUGCGAUAAUGAUAGGAAAACCAUAUAGUGUACAGUUUAUGGAUAGAGGUACAGGAUCAUCUUUUUUUAUUUGAAUAAAAAGGGGACAUGAUCAUUAUCUACAAGACCGAACAUUAUGAUCCUCUACAUUUUUUCCAUAUUUAAGACGGUGGCUCACUUCAGCAUUUUUGGUCAACCUAGCAAUGUACAUUUAAUUAAAAACUGUUUUUGUCAGCAAACUUGGUAGUCUUUUGGUGCAAAGGUUGCCUAUCUGCAACUCACCACAUGUACCAAGAAAUAACUUUCCUUAAAUUUGACAUGGACAUUGGAGGAGUUCAUUCAAUAGCUGAGUUUUAAUGAAUUAUUUUUAAGGUUAGUUGAGAGCAUUCUUAAGGGUUUGCGGGUCUUGAGUGAAGUGUGUGUGAGCAUAGAAUGAGUGUGUGUGACUUUGUGUAUAGUUGUUGCUGUUUGAUGUGUUAACACAGCAGAGCCUCUUGUCAUUUUCUGAGGCACUGCUCUCCAAAUGACCAAAUCUUUAUUUUGUUACUCUCAGAAGGAUGAUUCCAUAGCUAUUAGUUUAAUAUUUGAUUAGUUUCCUUGUAAGCUUUUGUUCAUAUGUGAGAGCUACUAAUAACAUAAUCAUAGUUUAAGGGAAUCAUGUUUUUGUUUCUUUUUGGUAAAGCUCGUUUCAUUUGAUUGUUCUCUAUAUUUUCUGUACUUCAUUCGACAUUAAAUUAAAUUAUAAC